AUGGGGACUUAUAGGAAGCGCUUCAAUGAAAAAGCGCGAGCGGGCCAGAUGGCCAAAUUAAAAGAGCUCAAAAGGGUGAGAAACAAGCAAUUUCUCAGACACUUGGAUGAUGGGGCAGGUGAAACAGAGAAGGCAGCGCCUCAGAAAAAAGAUAGCAAUGCUGAGGUCAUAGAGCCUAUGGAUGAUGAAGAAAAAGAGCUGAAGAAACGGAAACUCGAGGAGCUGUUUAAACCACAGGAAAGCAAGAUUUCUCGGAUAAAAAAGAAGCGACUCGAUAAGUUCAUCGAACAUCAGCUCAAAAGAGAAGAGAAGAAGGUGAUCAUCGAAAAGCUCCAAGACUAUAAAAUUGACACCUCGAUUCUGACCAGUUCUAAAAAUCUGGGCCAUGGGCGACAAACAAAAAAGGAGGAGUUCGAGGAGGCCCUCAAACUUGAAAGGCUCGGUAGAAGCAAUGACCGUGUGAAGAAUAUUUUGUAUGAAGAACAUCAAACUAAGAACUGGGAGGAAGAUCAUGCGGAAAAUAGCGAUAUGGGCAGUAACAAUGAAGAAGAGGGAACAUUUCGAGAUACUGAAGGGCUUGAAAAAUCCUCUUCCUUUGUGGAUAACAGACCGGCCAAAUAUGGUGGGUCGGGAUUUGGGCUAGGGUUUCAAAAUGUCAAGGUCGUCAACAAGGCCAAGCCUGCCUCUAAGAAAAGAUACAACUGGAGACAGAGACUCGAAAUAGAGGAUGCACGCAAGCAUUCCAAAGAAGAAGAGCUUGACUUCGAGUCGAGCUCGAGUGACGAAGCAGAGUAUUCCGAAGCUGAGUUCAGUGAUGAGUCAGAAUCGGACAAUAAAAGCGGCUCUGACUUAGAAGCGUCGGUCUCUGAGGACGAAGAGCCCGGUGAAGCUUCAAACUUGUCUGAAUCAGAGAGCGGUAAUUCAUCUGAAUUAGAAGAACCAACAAGUAAAGCUGCGAGUGAUUUCAAAGAUUGGGCUGCUAAUGAAAUAAAAAGAAUAGAAGGACGCGAUGGUCCUUUAGAGACCCCUCAGCCUUCUUUCAAAUACCAAAAGAUUAUACGUUCUGAGGACCUAGACGACGGUUUACAAGACGAUAGCGCACCAAUCAAUGAGAACUCUACUAGAAAAGCAUUUUUCGUUAACGUCACUAGACCAGACGAUAUCCAGAAAGCCAGGAUGCAAUUACCAGUUUUCGGGGAAGAGCACAAAAUUAUGGAAGCUAUUCACCACAACGACGUCGUGGUUAUUUGCGGUGAGACGGGUUCAGGAAAAACAACUCAAGUUCCACAGUUCUUGUAUGAAUCAGGUUACGGUAACCCCGAUUCAGUCGAAAGCCCAGGAAUAGUAGGCGUUACACAACCUCGUAGAGUGGCAGCUGUGUCUAUGUCAAAGCGUGUUUCCCAGGAGCUAGGUGAUCACCAGCAAAGCGUUUCUUACCAGAUACGGUUUGACUCUACCGUUUCUGACAAGACAAAAAUAAAGUUUAUGACAGAUGGUGUCUUACUAAGAGAAAUGAUGAACGAUUUCAUGCUUACAAAGUAUUCCGCCAUUGUGAUUGAUGAAGCGCACGAAAGAAAUAUCAACACCGAUAUUCUGAUUGGCCUACUGAGUAGGUGUGUAAAUCUGCGCGCCAAACGCAAUCAGGAAAACCCCCAGUUAGUCAAGAAACUUAAGCUCAUUAUCAUGUCAGCUACGCUACGGGUCUCAGAUUUCAGUGAAAACCAGACGCUCUUUCCCUCUCCGCCACCAGUUUUGAAAGUUGAAGCACGCCAAUAUCCUGUUUCUGUUCAUUUUAACAAGCGCACUGCAUUCAACUACACGGAGGAAGCUUUUAGAAAGACGUGCAAAAUUCACCAAAGGCUUCCGCCAGGCGCGAUAUUAGUAUUCAUGACAGGUCAGCAAGAAAUAACACAUAUGGUAAAGAGGCUUCGCAAAGAGUUUCCAUUCCCUAAAGCCACCCGUGGUUAUAAAGAAAUGGACAUGAAAGAUACAACAAUGAAAGUUAAUCCAAAGAAUGCAGACGUGGAAGCGGAGGAGAUUGAUUUUAGCAUCAAUCUAAAUGAUGAACAUACAGAUGAGGGGGCUGAUGACUAUGAAGAGCAAAGCUCUGAUGAAGAAGGGUUCGAAGAGACGCUGGAGGAAGGUCAAACGAAGAGUGACCCGCUCUAUGUGCUUCCCUUGUAUUCGUUGCUUUCCACAAAAGAACAAAUGAAGGUAUUUCAAGACCCACCUGAAGGAUCACGGUUAUGCGUCGUUGCUACUAACGUUGCGGAAACAUCUUUGACCAUUCCCAAUGUUCGUUACGUCGUUGAUUGCGGCAGGUCUAAAGAACGUGUCUUCAAUGAGUCCAAUGGUGUCCAAAGUUUUGAAGUUGGGUGGGUCAGUAAAGCUUCAGCAGAUCAGAGAAGUGGAAGAGCUGGUCGUACCGGUCCAGGUCAUUGUUAUAGGUUGUAUUCUUCAGCUGUCUACGAAAAUGACUUUGAGCAGUUUUCGAAACCAGAGAUCUUGAGAAUGCCCGUGGAGAGUGUUGUGCUGCAAAUGAAAAGCAUGGCGAUUCACAACAUUUUGAACUUUCCAUUCCCUACCCCUCCAGACCGCGGAUUUUUGUCGAAAGCUAUGAAGCUGCUACAAUAUCUAGGUGCUCUUGACCAGAGCGAAAAUGUCACAGAAGAAGGAAGGAAAAUGAGUCUUUUCCCCUUAAGUCCCAGAUUUUCAAAGAUGUUAUUGGUUGGAGAUGAACAAAACUGUCUGCCCUAUGUCGUAUCUAUAGUGAGCGCACUUUCCGUGGGAGACCCUUUUCUUUCAGAAAACGAAGUUUGCAUAAACACGGGUGAUAGUGAAGAUGGCGAAGGUCCUAGAGAUAAUGAAGAUCAAGCUCAAUCGCUAAAUCAACAGCUAGCUUCCCGCUACCAUAAAAGCCAAGCGAAGUUCAGUAGGCUGGACAAAUAUAGCGAUGUUUUCAAACUUCUAAGCGCUGUUAGCUCCUUGGACUUCAUUAAAAAGGAAGAGAGGAUUCGAUUCAUGGAAUCCAACUUUUUGAGACCGAAGAUUAUGGAGGAAAUCAAAAAGUUAAGACAGCAAAUCCUUUAUAUUGUUAAAUCAAAUACCUCGCGCGAGAACAUUGCUGUGAAUGUUUCAGAAGAAGAUCUCAAAUGCGGUAUUCCAUCUGAGACUCAAAAAAAGCUACUUAAGCAAAUGGUUUGUGCCGGCUUUGUUGACCAAGUGGCAAUCAGGGCCGACUUUCUUGCUCCUGAGGAAUGUAAGAUUACGAAUAGGACCGCCCUGUCCAACAUUCCGUAUAUUGCCGUUUUGGCUCCAAAGGUGCCAGGCGAUAUUUCUCACAACUUCGUUUACAUUCAUCCUAGCUCGAUCUUAAAUGGUAUCGGCGAAGAGCCGCCCAAGUUUCUGGUGUAUCAUUCUCUGCAUCUCAACCAGCGGACUGAAAAAUCAAAGACUCGCAUCAAACCUUUGUGUGACAUCAAAAGUACGCCUUUAGCUAACAUUGCUCGCAAGGGCUCACUGAUAAGUUUCAGUAAACCUCUGAGUGGUCAGGGGUUGAGGGCUAUCGACCUUUCCCCUACAGAACGCUAUUGUUAUGUCACUCCUAGGUUUGGGGCUACAGUCGAUAGCGAUCUAAAAGUGGGUUGGGAUUUGAAUCCCAUUGCCGUGCAUCAAAAGAAGCAGGCUGGCCGGUGGGUAGUUGAUCGGUUUAUUACGUCUAAGAACUAUAACGCCGCGAGUGUCAAGAAGACUCAAGUCUAA